AGUUGAUUGCACAUUGACACGAGCCCUCCAAAAUCCAAAACUAGGGAACAUUGAAUUUGAGCUCGACUCACGCAAACACUCACACAACAGUAAUGGCCGCUAGGCAUUUUCUGCUUCACCGCCUUCGCCUCUGUAGCUUCCAAGGCUUCCAGGUAGCGCCGCCUCAGGGCCACCGUCUGUGGUGCAGUGCCACCUUAUCACCAGAAGAAGCUACCGAGAACGCAUCAGGCGGGAUCCACACCCGCUGUUCCGACGUCGAGGUGGAUGAACCGGAAUGGAUGGACAAAGAGGAGAAUAUUGUGAGAGACAUUGAACCAAUCGUUAAGCUGACCAGACAUAUUCUCUUCUCACCAAGGUACAAGAAUGGGGAGCUAUUGACUAUGGAGGAUGAAAGAGCCAUAACAGAAAACGUUCUUAUUUAUCAUCCAUAUUAUGAAGAUAAAAUCGGAAGUGGCUUGUUCGCCAUUAUGGUAAGUGGAGUGAAUGAUAUGCACGAUUAAUUUGAUUUAUAGAUU